AGAUCUGCACCCCCCGGCCCGACCCCUUUCCCAGCCCUGCCCCGCACGCCGGGGUCGGAGAAGGCGUCGCGGACGCACCGACGGCCGAGGAGCGGCGAUGCACAUGCACUAGCGGCACCCCCUAACUCACUCCCUCCACACCCCGCGCCGCCGCCGCCUCCACCUUCUCCGCCUCCGCCUCCUCCUCCGCCUCCGGCAGCCUCGGCAGAAGGACCCACCCUGCCCCCCACCCCACCCUCCGCCGGCUCCGGCUGCGGAUCCAGCCUCUACUGCUUUUUUAUUUAUUUUGGGUCGUGCACUAGCCUCAGUGCCUGCAGCCCGCGCCUCCCGGGCCCGCGGGCGCCUCCUCCCUCGGCUCCGGAGCCCCAGACCCCGGCCACCCUCACCUCGACACCCCCAGACCCGGGCCAGCCGCCGCUAGUCUUCGCUGCUGGAAUCUUGAUAGAGGCUGUUAUUUUUUGGGGGUUUCUGGUCUUUCGACAAUUUUGUUCCCAGCCAAGGAGAGGAUAUCGUGAUUUUCUCCCCUUUGAGCCCAGGCUCUGCUCUGUGGGGGGGUGGGGGGCGCGCCGACCCGGGGAGUCGUGCCAGCCGAAUCGUGCGGGCUGUGGCAGGGAAGGGGCCACCAUGGGAUGUACUCUGAGCGCAGAGGAGAGAGCCGCCCUCGAGCGGAGCAAGGCGAUUGAGAAAAACCUCAAAGAAGAUGGCAUCAGCGCCGCCAAAGACGUGAAAUUACUCCUGCUGGGGGCUGGAGAAUCAGGAAAAAGCACCAUUGUGAAGCAGAUGAAGAUCAUCCAUGAAGACGGUUUCUCUGGAGAAGAUGUAAAGCAGUACAAGCCUGUCGUCUACAGCAACACCAUCCAGUCUCUGGCAGCCAUUGUCCGGGCCAUGGAUACUUUGGGUGUGGAGUACGGUGACAAGGAGAGAAAGGCGGACUCCAAGAUGGUGUGCGAUGUGGUAAGCCGUAUGGAAGACACUGAACCCUUCUCUGCAGAACUGCUUUCUGCCAUGAUGCGACUCUGGGGCGACUCAGGGAUCCAAGAGUGCUUCAACCGAUCUCGGGAGUAUCAGCUCAACGAUUCUGCCAAAUACUACCUGGACAGCCUGGAUCGGAUUGGAGCCGCUGACUACCAGCCCACUGAGCAGGAUAUCCUCCGAACCAGGGUCAAAACCACCGGCAUCGUAGAAACCCACUUCACAUUCAAGAACCUCCACUUCAGGCUGUUUGACGUUGGGGGCCAACGAUCUGAACGCAAGAAGUGGAUCCACUGCUUUGAGGAUGUCACGGCCAUCAUCUUCUGUGUCGCACUCAGCGGCUAUGACCAGGUGCUCCACGAGGACGAAACCACGAACCGAAUGCAUGAGUCCCUGAAGCUUUUUGACAGCAUCUGCAACAACAAGUGGUUCACAGACACAUCUAUCAUCCUGUUUCUCAACAAGAAGGACAUAUUUGAGGAGAAGAUCACCAAGUCCCCAUUGACCAUCUGCUUUCCUGAAUACACAGGCCCGAGUGCCUUCACAGAAGCUGUGGCUCACAUCCAGGGGCAGUAUGAGAGUAAGAAUAAAUCAGCUCACAAGGAAAUCUACACCCAUGUCACCUGUGCCACAGACACCAACAAUAUCCAGUUUGUCUUUGAUGCUGUGACGGACGUCAUCAUCGCCAAAAAUCUGCGGGGCUGUGGACUCUACUGAGCCCUGGCCUCCUGCCCAGCCUGCUGAUCACUUCUCCCCUGGAUCCAGGGCUCUGCUACCACUCGGAUGCUCUGUGCACUGAAGAAAAACCCAGAGGCUGGCCCGGGGGAGGGAGAAGGCAUCCUUUGAGCAUCCCCACCCUACCCCACUCCAGCUGCAUGACACAUGGGAGCAGGGUUGGGCAGAAGUGUGGAGUGCCGCACACGUGGCCAGAGACCACUCAUUGCAUACCAUCUGGGUGCCGCUCGCUGGCUGGCCAACUGUGGGCAACAUUGCCAUCUGGUUGCGAUGGGGAUGCCCUGUGCUCUGUGCCUCCUUCUCAGAGUCCUGGUGUCUCUUUCUCAGCUGGGGUGAUAGGGUGGCUGGCAGGAUGGCCCUGUGGCAGGUGCUGGCUGACUAGGGAAUAGUAGAUGCCAUUUCUCAGCUUUCCUUAGGGUCUGUUUGGUAGAGGGCAGUUCCGUCGUCAAACACCAACAUGGAAUCAGGCCAAUUUGGGGGUGCAAAGACUCGGACCUUGGGGAGGGCUUCCCUAUUUCUUCACCUUGGAUCUUAGUCCUUCUCUGACCAUCUUCCCUUGCCCGGACUCCCCAGGAAAUUCAGCCCUGACUCCCAUGGACCUGGGAAUAUUAAUUAAGACUGUCUGACUGCAAAGGUGCAUUGUGGGGAAAUAAGUCCUGUUCCAUAGAAGUUAGGGUAGGAAGGAAAGCUGAGCGAGCGGGCAGGUCUUUCCCACGUCUGCUGGUUCUAUUCACACAGGCUCAGCUGCCCUGGGUGUGCAUGAAUAGAUAGGUUUUUCUUCAAGUCACAGCCAGAGUAGGAGAGGCCUUGGGACUGGAGACAAGCACAGGAGACGCACGAGGCAAGCCCUGAAGCCAGUGCCCAGCUUUACUCCAUUAGUCAAGAAGUCAAGAAGCCCUUGGUAUAUUUCUGGUCUCAGGGCAGAGAGCAAGCGAUGAGCCAGCAGCUUCCUCAAGUGUGAGCUUAGGAGGAGUAUAAACCAACUCAGACAUACUCCCUAGCCCCCUUAGGGGGGAAGAGCCCUAGGAACCCAAGGAGGGACCUUGCUGCAGAGGUUCCUAAGCACAAAAGGAGUGGGAUGGUUUUUGUUACCCCCUACUAGCUUCAGCAGACUUUGAACUGUCAGAACAUUCCCUGUCAUUCCUAGACAUGUCCACUCAGCUGCUACUAUGGCCGAUGGUUCAGACAGGCUGUGUGUUCAUGGUGUAGGCUGGUACCUAGGGAUGCAGAUGUGUCUACAGGGCAGUGGGACAGGUCAACAUCUAGAGGGGUCUCUGCUUUCCUUGAGUCCUGUGUUCUCCUGACUUCCACUCUGAACAAUGCUCAGCCCCAAGCCAGGCAGGACCCUGGCUCUCUUUCAUAGUGUUCCCCACCCCCAAUCCAGCCAUGCCCAUAGCUCUGGGCUUGUUGGUUCCAACAAGAACAGAACUAUAGGUGGUCCAGGAAGACAUGGGGACCUUCCCCAGUGCCAAAUGCUUGCAGGGGUGACCCUCUGGGAAAACCACUCCAGUCUGGCUACCUUGCCACUUCCCCUUCAACCAACAUUGUGUGCACCUCCAUUGUUUUAGGACUUUGUGCCAGAUACUGGGUAGUGGCAGAGAGCAGACUCCUAGAGCCCACAGUCUCAGUGACCUGAUGUGCUGGCUAAGGCCAGUUAAGUAAUUGGCCCCACACUGAAGAUACAGCAGUUAUUUCUCAGCAUCACCCACUGUGUGUGGCCACCUGUUUCCCCAGACUAGCCCCAAAUUUAAGAGCACCUGCAGUCAAGGGAUGUUGGCCGAGCCCCAUCUUUUCAGACCAUUUCCAGGGAGGUAGAAGUCACCAUUCCUAUAACCAUUCAGCUCCCACUCCCCAAGUAACCCCUUCAAGUCACUGCAGCGCAGUAGCCAGAGCCCUCAGCUAGACCAGGGCCUGCACCCAGCCUCCCUACUUCCGUUGGACCGACUGUGUUCUGCCUCGUGUCUUGCAUCCCUCUCGGCCCUCCCAUCUGAGGGAGGGAGGUUUUAGGCUAUCUACUAUAAGCCCUCAAGAAACUGGUCCAUAGAUCCAUAGGUCCCAUCUGCCAUCUGUGUCAUCACCAGCAGCUCUACUAUGAGGGGGCACGGGGGAGCAAAUGUACAUAAUAGAUGAGGCUUGGCUCCGUCGUGGCUUUGGGUAUAGAGAAAAUGUUGUAAGUGACCAGACCAAGGGAUUGUCUCAUAUCUGUGGUGGCCAUGCCAGUGGCCAUCCUGCGGUUUCUAAAUGGUCCAACUCAGCAGGCCAGGAGCCAGAUUCCAGGAAGAGUGCCUUUACCACAUUCGUGGAACCAUGCCUGUUGCCUAGAUGCCUGUGGGCAAGUCCUGUGCCCUGUCCCAAUGAUCAUUCCAAGAAUCUUCCCUCUAAGCAUGGGUAGAGCCCCAAGUCUUUGGUCUGGAUUGUGGAGGGUGCUGUUGAACUCUGGUUUGGUGAGGAAGAUAAGAAUCUUCCCUGUCUGAGCCACUCACCAGUAGCUCUGGCCUUCAGCCUCUCACGAUCCUUUGUGUGGAGCCCCGAGGUCCUGGUCCCUGUCCUUUUGGAUGCUCUUGGACCAGGCAAAAGACCUCCAUCAUCUCAGCCUCCCAGUCCAGGCCCACACCUCCUGUUAGGAACUGAAGGCACCUGACCUGUGUAGGCUGCACUGGAUAUCACUGAAUGUCCUCCUCAUAACCUGGCUAUCCACAGGCCCUCACAGAGAAAGCUGACAUUGCUUCACCCCAACCCUUGCCUUCUGCAGAAAGCACCUCUGCAAGAGAUGCACCUGUGGUUCCCACACACAACAUGCUACAGCCUGUGCCCUGUGGGCAGGGUUCUCUCCCUCUCCAUCCAAUCCAGCCUCUUGACAGGGGGGUCUGCCACACCCAGGAGAGACUCGUAAAGCCUCCAGCUCUUUGCUCCUUGCCCAGUAGGCAAGAAGAAUCCUCUUCUAAGGAUUCUGAAGGCACAGAGUGUCUUCUGGCUGCCGCUGCUUUUCUCUGAGCCUCCUGGUGAGCUCCAGGUGCAGCCCCAGGUCUCUCAGGGACUCCGUCCAGAGGUUCCAGCUCCUGUCACCAGAGACUCAGUCUGAACAGCUGCAGGCGAGCACCUUCCAGGCUAUUGAUCCUAUCAAGCUACAAGCUAGAGAAAGAAAGGCACAGCAUCCCAAAGGACAGGGCCAGGCAUGUAAGCAGGCCUCCCCACAGCCCACGCCUCAGUAAGAAAAGCCUUGUACACACCUGCUUGGAGACUGCCCUGGGCUUACAGACACUCUGCCGUGCCAGAUGAUGGCCAUGUCAAGUAGGAAGAAAACCAGAAGUAAUGGGCUCCAUCCAAAGUCCUGGGCCCACUAGUCGCAGCAGGGUACCCUGUGAAGGCCACCGACAGAAACAGUGCCCUUCCCAGCAGCAAUCGGCCUACUCCUCCUCCCCUGUUCAGCUUCCUGCACCAGCCACAGAUGCCUGCCGUGCUCAGACAGCAUCCUUCCACUUCCUGGUCUUCUCCCCGACUUCUGACUUGACCCCUGUGGCCUAUGCGUACCUUCUAGUCCCAGGCCAGAGGCUAGGCACCCCAUGUUCCCCUUAGCAGAGCCUUCUUAGGUGCAGUGCCCCCUCCUGACCCAUUGCCAUCACCCACCCUCAUUAACUGUAAUUUUGUAAGAAGAGUGACUUGCUAGUUUAAUAAAUACCUAGUUAUUGUAAUAAUUUAUUGGCUGCCAUAAUGUAUUUAUUAGUCACCCACCACUAAUAAAAAGUGCCAGCUCUUUCUA